CUUGAUUUUUCCAGCUGAUUUCUUCCCUGGUUCUGGAAUUUGAGCCAUGGAAAAGUUGGGCCACCAGCAGAGGAAGGCAGGGAGCAGCACCUUGGGAUCCAGGAUGGUUCUUUGGAGCCAGGACCCUAGGAAAACACAGAAUUACAAAACAAGCUUCCCAAAUCUGCUCCUCGAGUCCUUGGGGAACAAAAAGAAGAGGAAAGGAGCAGCCAGGAAUGACGUGCAGGCCUGUCCCAGCUGCUGGGGGAAGGAAUUUGCUCCAUAAAUAUCGGAGCAGGGAUGGGGAGAGAGGCUCCAGAGCUCACCAUGAACGCGGCUCUGCUGCUGCUGCUGCUCCUCUCCUGCCCCCUCUGCCUGGCACAGCAGAGGAGGAUUGAUCCCAGCCGGCCACUCCAAAGUGCCGCCACCCGCAAAGCUCCCGCCUCCAGCAGGAAUCCAGGGAAUUCCUUGGGACCAGGAGGAGAGGUCGGGCCAGAAAUGCUGCAAGAAAUGAGGGAAACCAACCGGGUGCUGCUGGAAGUUCGGGAUUUGUUGAAGCACUUUCCUAGCCCUGGGCUAGUGAGGGGUGCCAGGGCUCUGCUCCUGCUCCUGGCCCCGCCGACAUCCCGGGAUCGGGCUGGAGGGAAGGUAAAGGUGUGUCCCGCUCCUCCUGGGCAGGUGUGCACCGACAUCAACGAGUGUGAGACUGGAGCUGCCACCAACUGUGUCCCAAACUCCAUCUGCAUCAACACUCGGGGAUCCUACAAAUGCGGGCCCUGCAAGCCGGGCUUUGUGGGGGACCAGAGCAGCGGCUGCCGGAGCCAGCCCCCCGCGGGGACACGGCGCUGCCCCAACGGCGACAUCAGCCCGUGCCACGAGAAAGCCGAGUGCAUCGUGGAGAGGGACGGCUCCCUGUCCUGCCAGUGCCUGGUGGGCUGGGCAGGGAAUGGUUUCGUGUGCGGGAAGGACACGGACAUCGACGGAGUCCCCGACGAGAAGCAGCGCUGCUCCGACAAGAAAUGCCGCAAGGAUAACUGCGUCACCGUCCCCAACUCGGGCCAGGAGGACGCGGACAGGGACGGCAUCGGGGACGCCUGCGAUGAUGAUGCCGAUGGGGACGGGAUCCCAAACACCGAGGACAACUGCGUGUACACGCGGAACGCGGACCAGCGCAACGCCGACAGGGACAACUUCGGGGACGCGUGUGACAACUGCCGGCAGGUGAAGAACAACGACCAGAGGGACAUCGACGGCGACGGCAAAGGGGACGAGUGCGACGAUGACAUGGACGGGGACGGGAUCAAAAACCCCAUGGACAACUGCAAGAGAGUGCCCAACCCUGACCAGAGGGACGGGGACGGGGACGGCGUGGGGGACGCCUGUGACAGCUGCCCCACCCUCAGCAACCCUGACCAGAAAGACACCGACCACGAUCUGGUGGGAGAUGCCUGUGACACCAACCAGGACAGCGACGGGGACGGGCACCAGGAUUCCCGGGACAACUGCCCCACGGUGCCCAACAGCUCGCAGGUGGACACGGACGGGGACGGGCUGGGAGACGAGUGCGACGAGGAUGAUGAUGAUGAUGGAAUUCCGGACUUCAGGCCCCCGGGCCCCGAUAACUGCAGGCUGGUCCCGAACCCCGGGCAGGAGGACUCGGAUGGGGACGGCGUUGGGAACCUUUGUGAGGACGACUUCGACAGGGACAUGGUGAUCGACAGGAUCGACGUCUGCCCCGAGAACGCCGAGGUGACGCUCACCGACUUCAGGGCCUUCCAGACCGUGGUGCUGGACCCCGAGGGGGACGCCCAGAUCGACCCCAACUGGAUCGUCCUCAACCAGGGCAUGGAGAUUGUCCAGACCAUGAACAGCGACCCCGGCCUGGCUGUAGGGUACACGGCCUUCAACGGGGUGGACUUCGAGGGCACCUUCCACGUCAACACGGCCACCGACGACGACUACGCCGGCUUCAUCUUCGGCUACCAGGACAGCUCCAGCUUCUACGUGGUGAUGUGGAAGCAGAUGGAGCAAACCUACUGGCAGGCAAAUCCCUUCCGGGCAGUGGCGGAGCCGGGGAUUCAGCUGAAGGCAGUGAAAUCCAAGACGGGCCCUGGGGAAUACCUCCGGAAUUCCCUGUGGCACACGGGAGACACCAUGGACCAGGUGAAGCUGCUCUGGAAAGACCCCAGGAAUUCGGGCUGGAAGGACAAGACCUCCUACCGCUGGUUCCUGCAGCACCGGCCCCAGGUCGGCUACAUCAGGGCUCGGUUCUACGAAGGCCCCGAGGUGGUGGCAGACACCGGAGUUGUCCUGGACACCACCAUGAGAGGGGGACGCCUCGGGGUCUUCUGCUUCUCCCAGGAGAACAUCAUCUGGUCCAACCUCCGCUACCGCUGCAACGACACCAUCCCAGAGGACUACGAGACGUUCCGGGUCCAGCAGGACUAAUCCCACGGAACGUCCCUGCAGCCCGUCCUGCUUCCCACGCCGUGCUCGGCCACCCCGCUCCCGCUCUGGAAUCCUGCCCCAAGAGCUGUCAGCACCUCCCACCGCGCCCUCACCGCCUCCAGCUCCCCUUCCCCAACAGCAAAUCCCUGAAAAUGUUACACGAAUCCUCUGGGAAGGGCAGAGGUGGAGACAGGGAGUGUGACCAGAAGCCUGAGCUGCCGCAAGCCCCGGCUCAGGCCGCGCUGGGAGCUCCCUGCGGCAGCUGCGAUGCUUGGGGGAGGUUUGGCGUGGAUGAUUCCCAGGAAUCUUCUCCCUGCUCCCAGGCUCCCGAGUGUGAAUGUUUUCCUUUUCGAGACCUGCUGCAAAGCAAACCCAGCACGAGUCUGAGAAGGACGCGCGGAGCAGCCUCGGUCCGAGCUGCUCAUUUUCACACGUGAAAAAAGCACUUUAAGGAGAGAAUCUUUGCUCUGGAAUGUUGGAGAAUGAACACUUGGAAUGCUGGAUAAUAAAUUCUAGAUUUCUCCUUGGUCA